ACCUCUUCUGCAACAUACAUCCAUCACUGCCUCUUGAACACCAGAAAAUGCUAUUAUACAAAAUGUGUUGCUCAGAUCCAUGUCUAUCAUUACUGAUGCUUUCUUUAAAAUAUAUUUACCUCCUGUAUACAAGGAAGAAAUGGUUUUGAAGUCUAUUAAGAAAAUAAUUUUUCUCUUCAUCACUGUGCUUGGCAUUCUGGGGAACUUGUCAGUUUCUCCUAAUUAUAUAUUCAGUUGGUGGGAAGGCCCUGAGAAGAAACCCAUAAACCUUAUUCUCAUCCACUUGGUUUUUACAAACAUUCUAAUUCUUCUUACAAAAGGAUUGCCAAAGACUAUUGUAGUUUUUGGUUUGAGAAACUUCCUAGAUAACUUAGGCUGUAAGAUAAUUGUUUACCUGACAAGGGUGGCCCGUGGCCUGUCCAUCUGCACCAGCAGUCUCCUCACUGUGGUCCAGGCCAUCAUCAUCAGUCCCAGAGCAACUGGGUGGAGAAGGCUCAGGCCAAAGUCUGCAUGGCACAUUCUUCCAUUCUUCUCAUUCUUUUGGAUACUCAAUGGUUUAAUAUGUGUGAACCUAAUCCAUUCCUCUACAAAUACAAGACUGAAUGUAUCACAGCUUAAAACUGAUGACAACUAUUGUUACUUUAUGUUACCAAGUCAGAAAAGAAAAUGGAUUUUUCUCCCUCUCAUGGUCCUAAGAGAUGGAGUGUUUCAGGGUGUCAUGGGAGGGGCCAGUGGCUACAUGGUAUUUCUUCUCCGCAAGCAUCACCAGCAUGUCCUCUACCUUCAGAACUCCAAGCUUCUCUACAGAACUCCCCCUGAGCUGAGAGCUGCUCAAAGUGUCCUCCUUCUGAUGCUCUGUUUUGUUUUCUUCUACUGGACAGAUUGUGCCUUUUCUCUGUUUCUAAGUCUCUCUUCAAGUGACAAUACCAUUGUGGAAAAUACUCGAGAACUUUUGACCCUUGGUUAUGCAACUUUUAGCCCCCUUGUGCUGAUUCACAGGGAUGGGCUUCAGAUUGAAUGUUGGCAUGUUCAGAUGGAGAAACUGAGAAAAUAUGUGUCUCAUUUAUAUGUUCAGCAUGUGAGUAAAAACUCUCUGUUCUGCAAUAUUGUGGGCAAGACAAAAUGUCACACAGCAGUUUAG